UGCGCCUGGCCGUGUUUAUGUUUGUGUGUUCGUGCGUGAGUCUGCUCAACAGGACGCGUCUGUCGCGGCUUCUGCGGACCAAACCCACCGAGGGCGACAUGGCAGCGGCCGCACCGAACUCGGAGGACGCGGGCAGGAGCGGCAGCAAUGCAGGAGGAAGCGUGACGCCCAGCGGCCUGAGCGCGGACGGAGACUCCGAGGAGGCCGAGGAAUUCACCUCCUCGAGCCACUGCUCGGAGCUCUCGCGCCGCCAGAACGAGCAGCGGAAGCACGGGCUUUUCUGUGACGUGACUUUAGCCUUCAGUAGCGGGACGAUGCGUGGAGAAAGCGACACCUGCUUUGAGCUGAUGGCGCAUCGCUCCGUGCUGUCGGCGGCCACCGACUACUUCUCCCCGCUGCUCGGUGGCCAGUACUCAGAAUCCGAGUCGGGGCGCGUGGAGAUGAAGGAGUGGAGCUCGGAAACGGGACCGGACCAGGACACGGUAGAGAGCGUCAUUCAGUUCAUGUACACGGGAGAGAUCCGCGUGAGCACUGCUAAUGUCCAUGAAGUGCUGGAGCUCGCGGACAGGUUCCUGCUGGUCCAUCUGAAGGAGUUCUGUGGUGAGUUCCUGCGGCGUAAGCUGAGCCUGGGGAACUGUGUGGCGGUGCACAGCUUGGCCCACAUGUACAGUCUGGAGCGCUUGGCGCUACGCGCCGCGGAUCUCAUCCGCCGGCACUUCCAACAGGUGGCGCUAGACGAGGAGUUCCUGACGCUGCCCUUCCACCUGGUGCGCGACUGGCUGGCGGACGCAGAGGUCACCGUGGAGACGGAGGAGGUGCUGUUCGAGGCGCUGGUGCGCUGGGUGCGCAGGGACGAGGCCGAACGUGGCCGCUACUUCCUGGAGCUGCUGACGCUGCUGCGGCUUCCUCUGAUGCGGCCGAGCUUCCUGGCGCGCACGCUGCGGCACGAGAGCCUGGUGGCCAACAGCGCCCCCUGCCUGCAGCUGCUGGUGGCCGCGGUGGAGACGCACGCGCUGCAGGGCGAGAGCCCCAAGAUGGCCGCCGGCGCCGAGCCGGAGCCCUCGCUGCUCCUGCCCGCAUGCCAGCCGCGCCUGGGCCAGAACAUGGACGUCAUCAUGGUGGUGGGCGGAGUCUCGGAGGGCGGGGACUACCUGAGCGAGUGCGUGGGCUACUUUGUGGCGGAGGACCGCUGGGUCAACCUGCCGCACAUACACAACCACCUGGACGGACACGCCCUGGCUGCCACGGCAACGCACGUCUACGUAGCGGGCUCCAUGGAGCCGGGAUUCGCCAAGACGGUGGAACGCUACAGCCCCGCCAGGAACAUCUGGGAACAGGUGAGUAGUCUCCCCACGCGUAAGCACAGCUUCGGGCUGACGUGCGUGCGCGACGCGCUGUACAGCAUCGGUGGCCAUGGCAACUUCAGCCCGGGCUUCAAGGACGUGAGUGUGUACGAGCCGGAGCUGGACCGCUGGCUGAGCCUGGAGUCGGCGCCGCGCAUCCUGCGCGACGUCAAGGCGGUCAGCGUGGAGGACCGCUACGUCUACGUGACCGCGCGCACGCCCGUCGACACCGACCACGAGGACGGCCUGAAGACCGUCACCACGCGCUACGACACCGACAGCCGGCAGUGGACGGAGGUGGACGCGCUGCCGCUCGUCGACAACUACUGCGCGUUCCAGAACGCCGUGGCGUCCAGCAACUUCUACCACACGGCGUCCUGCUGCCCGAGGAGCUACCGCGGCGUCAGCGACGAGGAGGCGCGGCUCAAGGGCGGCGGCGGCGACCUCGCCCGUUCCCACGACGACCUGCUGGAGAGCCUGCCGCCCGAGGUCACGGGCAUCGAGGGCGCCGCCAUCUGUUACCUAGACGACGACGUGUUUGUGAUCGGCGGCUGGAAGAACAGCGACGACGUGGACAAGCAGUACCGGCGCGAGGCCUACCGCUACUGCGCCCGCCGCAAGCGCUGGCUGCUGCUGCCGCCCAUGCCGCAGGCGCGUUGCCGGGCGACGGCGUGCCACGUGCGCGUGCCCUACCGCUUCCUGUGCGGCCUGCAGCGCUACCCGAUGCCCCAGAACCUGGCGCGCCAACGAGACCGCAUGCAGCAGAUGCAGCAGCUGCACCGACGCACCCUCACCCUGCGCAGGCAACUGCAGUCCCAGAUAGAGUGCUGAACACACACACACACACACACACACACACACACACACCCUGCGCAGGCAACUGCAGUCCCAGAUAGAGUGCUGAACACACACACACACACACACACACACACACCCUGCGCAGGCAACUGCAGUCCCAGAUAGAGUGCUGAACACACACACACACACACACACACACCCUGCGCAGGCAACUGCAGUCCCAGAUAGAGUGCUGAACACACACACACACACACACACCCUCACCCUGCGCAGGCAACUGCAGUCCCAGAUAGAGUGCUGAACACACACACACACACACCCUACGCAGGCAACUGCAGUCCCAGAUAGAGUGCUGAACACACACACACACACACACACACAUACACACACACGCACACACACACGCACACUCACACACUCACCCUGCGCAGGCAACUCCAGUCCCAGAUAGAGUGCUGAACACACACACACACACACACACACACACACACACACACACCCUGCGCAGGCAACUGCAGUCCCAGAUAGAGUGCUGAACACACACACACACACACACACACACACACACACACACACACACACACACACACACACCCUGCGCAGGCAACUGCAGUCUCAGAUAGAGUGCUGAACACACACACACACACACACACACACACACACACACACACACACACACACUCACACCCUGCGCAGGCAACUGCAGUCCCAGAUAGAGUGCUGAACACACACACACACACACACACACACACACACCCUGCGCAGACAACUGCAGUCCCAGAUAGAGUGCUGAACACACACACACACACACACACACACACACACACACACACACACACUCACACACUCACCCUGCGCAGACAACUGCAGUCCCAGAUAGAGUGCUGAACACACACACACACACACACACACACACACACACACACAACCCUUGAUCUUUCAUCAUCAUUACUAUUUGUCAGGCGUAUGGUGUUCUAGCUCUCUCUCCACUCUGAUGUCUUAAGAUGCUAUAAUGGAGCGUUACGUUUGGGGUUCUAGGGUUCUGGGGUUCUCUGAUGUCUUAAGAUGCUAUAACGUUAGGUUUGGGGUUCUAGGACUCGUUUGGGGUUAACUCUUGUGUUCUAGGGUUCUAGGGUUCUCUGAUGUCUUAAGCUGCUCUGAUGAACUGCUCGCCUGCACACACACACACACACACACACACACACACACACACACACACACACACACUCUGAUGUCUUAGCUGCUCUGAUGAACUGCUCGCCUGCACGCACACACACACACACACACACACACACACACUCUGAUGAACUGCUGGCCUGCAGGAGCUGAUGGAAAUAAACUCUUUCUCAUUAUGAGCUCUGAAGAUGCCUCCACAUGUCCAACACACACACACACACACACACACACACACACACACACACACACCACAGACACACCAGCUUACAAUGGUAAUUCAGCUGAUUUAGAUUGUUGUACCACCUCAAGCUGGUCAUUUAAAUUGGUGUUGCUGGUCUACAUUGCUGGUUUAGCUGGCCAUGUCAGCUGGUCAUUCUAACAAAACCAGCUUGACCAUCUUACACCAACAAUGUCAAGCUUGGCAGGCUGAUCACCAGCAUAACCAUCUUACACCAGCUGUAUCCCACAUGACAGGCUGGUCCAUGACCACUUUCCUCAGAUGGUCACGCCAGCAUGUCCACCUGGUGGCCUAACCAGCUACACCAGUAAAGACCAGCAAGAGCUGAAAGAAAAUCAGCCAAGUCCUUUUUGCACACAAUUGUCUUUUCCAGAACUCCUCAUACAUCACGGAUACUUCCUGGCCAUAGCAUGUGAUCCUCAUGCUACGUCAUGUGACUAGUCAAGAAAAUAAGAUAAUUGGCCAAUACAAUACAUAUACAUUCAGCAUUCUCUUGCCAUAAUUAUGCUCCUUACAGGAUACUCCUGAUAUGACUGCCUCUGGCAGGAUACCCUAAUAACUCCAUAAUUAUGCCCCUUACAGGAUACUCCUGAUAUGACUGCCUCUGGCAGGAUACCCUAAUAACUCCAUAAUUAUGCUCCGUACAGGAUACUCCUGAUAUGACUGCCUCUGGCAGGAUACCCUAAUAACUCCAUAAUUAUGCCCCUUACAGGAUACUCCUGAUAUGACUGCCUCUGGCAGGAUACCCUAAUAACUCGUGACAAAAGGGGUCGCAUGACCUUUAUUAGAGAGUAGUGCUUCGUCUGUCAUUUGCUCUCAAAUGACAGACGAAGCAGAGUUGAAUCGAAUGUACAGAAAAGCAUAUACAUAAUAUAUAAUAUUUAUACCACACACAACACGCACCAUACACUCAGGCAUGUGUGAACUGCCACUGGCGAUAGAUGUGACCAAAUGAAUUCUGAAUUCACAUUCCUGCAUAAACACACAGCUCCUCCAGGUGUGAAGAGGGUUAUCACCAAUUAUCAUGUGUGAUUUUAUGGGAUCUAUAUUGGCUGUCUUAACACAACGGAAUUAUCAUGUGUGAUUUCAAGUCCAACUUUGCCCCUCCACCCAGAAGUGUAUGUUUGCCAGUGGAGCUACGGGAGUUAGACUGACUCUCUUGUAGUUAGGUAUUACCAGGCUAAUUGGGCCAAGCUACUGAAGUUAGACUGACUCUCUUGUAGUUAGGUAUUACCAGGCUAAUUGGGCCAAGCUGCCAAAGGGAGAAGUUCCCUCCCACGUCUGUCAACUUUCGAUUUCAAACAAGUUUGUCCGGAUUUUUUUGCGACUAUAAACAUGUUUAAUGUGUGCACAAAAAUUAUGACAUUGUUUUAUAAAUGUUACUGUGUUAGUCCUGUGUUUUUCUGUUCUUGUAUAGCUUAGCGACCUUAAUCUUGCUGAGCCAAACAAGUUGGUCAGUGUUGCUGGCAAGGUCAUGGGGCUGAAUCAGUCCGUGACUUAUGGUUCUCAUAUGGUUCUCUUAUGGUACUCUUAUGGUACUCUCCCUCAGCUAGAAGGUACAGCGUUCCCACCCACAGGACUAAACAUCCCAAAGCUAGAAGGUACAGAACUCCCACCCACAGGACUGAACGUUCCCAACUCUCCCUCAGCUAGAGGGUACAGCGUUCCCACCCACAGGACUAAACGUCCCCAAGCUAGAGGGUACAGCGUUCCCACCAACAGGACUGAACGUCCCCAAGCUAGAAGGUACAGAACUCCCACCCACAGGACUGAACGUCCCCAAGCUAGAGGGUACAGCGUUCCCACCAACAGGACUGAACGUUCCCAACUCUCCCUCAGCUAGAGGGUACAGCGUUCCCACCCACAGGACUGAACGUCCCCAACUCUCCCUCAGCUAGAGGGUACAGCGUUCCCACCCACAGGAUUAAACAUCCCCAAGCUAGUGGGUACAGCGUUCACACCCAUAGGACUGAACGUCCCCAACUCUCCCUCAUGUGCACUGCCAUGAACAUGCUCAAUUUGCCCACUGAGGUCACUAUUGCACUUCCUGCUUUUCUUGCACACUGGACGUUUGGAGUAUUGCUCAUCUUGGCCUCUCUGUGGGGUGAUCUUGCACUGUGUUUUAUUCCAUGUACCGCUCCCUGUCUAUCUGUGCUGUAAUGCUCUCCAUUGCUAUUUAUUAACUUGUGUGUUGUUUCAUUGGUUGCGUGUUUCUUGAUACCUGGCUGCAACUUAAUCUCCCCCUGGGAUAAUAAAUUUCACUUGACUUGA